UCUCCCUCCCAAAUCUUGGUCACAUGGCUGUGACAUCACUACUUCCUUCUAGCCACUGAGAACUUGCAACUGGCAAAGUGUGACAGCAGCACGGUGUGUGUGUAUAGGAACAUGCUGGAACCAUGGGAAACACCAAGCUGUGUGCCUUUGCCAAUGUGAAGCGGCUCUUCAAACACCAUUGUUUGCCUUCCCUCGUCUAUGUGAACUCUCUUGACGUGAUCCUUAGAACAGGGCUCGGAGCUCAGAAGCAGAACCGCACCUGCAGAACUCUCUGUACAGAUACACGGCCGAAGGCUUUGCCUGAAUUUGUCAGUGAGAGACUGCACCUUUUUGAAAAGCUGAGAAUCAACUAUGAAGCAAGACUUGCAGAAAGAGUCCUGAGAGACAGUCGGAACAUAAAUGUUUCCCUAAGUGAUGGCAGGGAAAUAUCAGGGCAGUCUUGGAAAACCACCCCAUAUGAUAUUGCUCUGCAAACCAGCCCAAGCUUGGCACGUAGCACUGUUGCUGCCAGAGUGAAUGGAGCUCUAUACGAUUUGAAUCGACCCCUGGAGGAAGACUGUGCAGUUGAAUUCUUGACCUUUGAUUCCCGUGAAGGACAAGCUAUCUUUUGGCACUCUAGUGCCCAUAUCUUGGGACUGGCUUUGGAACAGCACUACGAGGGCUGCUUAUGCCAUGGGCCCAGCACUGAGAAUGGAUAUUUCUAUGAUAUCUACCUACCUAACAGCACUGUGCUAGGCAGUCACCUACCAGAUCUGGAAACUCUGUGUAAAGACGUUAUUAAACAAAAGCUUCCCUUCCAGAGAAUUGAAGUGGCCCGGGAAGACCUGCUGGAACUUUUCAAGUAUAACAAAUUUAAGGUUCGGACCAUUGAAGAUAAGGUGGAUACAUGCACAACUGUGUACAGGUGUGGCUCACUGGUUGACUUGUGCCGAGGCCCCCAUGUUAGACAUACAGGACAGAUCCGUGCACUGAAACUCUUAAAGAACUCCUCUUCCUUCUGGAGAAGUGACCCUUCACAAGAAGCUUUGCAGAGAGUCUAUGGGAUUUCAUUUCCUGAAGGUAAACAGCUAAAAGAGUGGGAAAAAGCUCAGGAAGAAGCCAUCAACCGGGACCACCGCAAAAUAGGAAGGGAUCAGGGGCUGUAUUUCUUCCAUGACCUGAGCCCCGGAAGUUGUUUCUUUCUUCCCAGGGGUGCUCACAUCUAUAAUAUCUUGAUAGACUUCAUAAAGAGUGAGUACAGGAAACGAGGCUUCACAGAAGUGAUCACACCAAACAUGUACAACAAUAAGUUAUGGGAGACAUCGGGCCACUGGGAACACUACGGAAAGAACAUGUUUUCCUUCACAGUGGAAGAAGAGACCUUUUCACUGAAGCCCAUGAACUGUCCAGGCCACUGCUUGAUGUUUGACCACCGGCCUCGGUCGUGGAGGGAGCUGCCCCUGAGACUGGCAGACUUUGGUGUGUUGCACAGGAAUGAGCUGUCAGGGACACUUUCUGGCCUAACACGUGUGCGGCGCUUCCAGCAGGACGAUGCCCAUAUAUUUUGCUCAAUGGAGCAGCUGGAAGGAGAAAUUAACGGGUGCUUGGACUUCCUUCGCACUGUCUAUUCUGUUUUUGGAUUCACUUUCAAGCUGUUCCUCUCCACUCGGCCAGAACAGUUCAUGGGAGAGGAGGAGGUUUGGCAGCAAGCGGAAGCGGAACUUGAAAAGAGCCUAAAUGGAUUUGGGCUGCCGUGGGAGCUGAAUCCAGGAGAUGGGGCAUUUUAUGGGCCAAAGAUUGACAUUCAAAUACAAGAUGCCAUGGGGCGCUAUCACCAGUGUGCCACAAUCCAGCUAGACUUUCAGCUACCAUUGCGAUUCAACCUCAGCUAUACAGGGAAAGCUGAUGGGGCAGUGGAAAGGCCAGUGAUGAUCCAUCGCGCUGUGCUGGGCUCGGUGGAGCGCAUGUUGGCUAUCCUCGCUGAGAACUAUGGAGGGAAGUGGCCACUCUGGCUUUCGCCUUUCCAGGUUAUGGUGAUUCCUGUAGGUCCAAGCGUAGAGAGUUAUGCUUAUAAGGUACAAAGGAUGAUCCAUGAUGCAGGAUUUAUGGUGGAUCUGGACACUGACCACGGGACCACUUUGAACAAAAAAAUCCGCAAGGCCCAAGUGGCCCAGUACAACUUCAUUCUCGUGGUCGGGGACAAAGAGAAGCAGAACAGCACAGUAAAUGUUCGGACCAGAGACAGCAAACAGCACGGCGAGCGAGAGCUGAAGGCGCUCCUUGUGAGACUGACUGAGCUGCGAGAUACCCGUGCCAGCAAUGCCGAGGAGAUAUUCUGAAUCUUAGAUUGGUGGUCCAUCAUGGAGGCUGCUGAAACCUCUGCGGCUCAGAAGUGGCCGAAAGGGAAUCAGGUGACGGCAUGAGGAGGAGCGGUGCUUGGCUGAACAUUAAAUCAAAUGUCCUUUCUUGCUGCACUGCGGCUACAUUAUGGCUGCACUGGAUUUAUUUAUUAUGGGGAUAAAGUUAUUUUUCUUACCAGUCAA